AUGGUCGCAUACGUUUCUAAAUUGGCCGCCAAGACCGCUCCAUAUUAUGGACAGUUGAACUUUUCCAACUUGAUUGCUUACAUCCCAAACCUAGCUCUCUGGGGUGGUGCCUCCGCUGCCGGUAUGUUUGUUUUUACCGAAGGAUGGCCAAAGUUUCAGGACACUUUCUACAAGAAAAUUCCUAUCUUUGGUACCCACUGGGAAGUUGAGGUUGCCCCUGAGGACCAACCACAAUAA